AUGACCAACGGUGGCGGUUCGCUGAAGAAGAAGCAGCGCGUCGGCAGCAGCAGCCGUCUCUCAGCCGCCGCAGCCGAUGGCGGCGGCGAUACAUCCGGCGCCGACGGAGCCCCGGCGGAAUGCUCCCGCAGGCCGCCCGGCCUCCGCCGCUCGUCCUCCGCCCACUCCCUCCUCCCGAUCGCCCCCUCCUUCCCCGGCGGUUUCAACGACGCGGAUACCGCCGACGUCGUCCUCCGCCUCCUCCUCGAUCAGCCGCCGGAGGCCGCUCCCGACGCCACUGCGCCGGCCGAUCGGUCCGAGAUUCAGAUCCACCUCCACUCGCGCGUCCUCGGCCGGUCGAGGUACUUCGCCGCGCUUCUCUCCGAUCGAUGGCGGGGUCAGGACGGGCCGCCUUCUUCUACCAAAUCUGAUGAAAAUGCGUCCAGUAUCCACAGGUUCAAGCUUAAUGUUCCGGCUAAUUCCGAUUCCGUAAAACACCACUUAACAGUAUUGCAACUUCUUUACGCGGACGAUCUCUUGUCCGCUAUCGACACCGUGUCCGGCGCGCUCAAUCUGCUUCCUAUAGCGCUGGAAUUGCUUUUCGAAGACUGCAUCAAGGCCUGUGUUAAAUUCCUUGAGGCAGUGCCGUGGUCUGAAGAUGAAGAAGGAAAGGUUCUAAGCCUGAUUCCCUUUCUUAGCGAUGAAGAGUCGAAGGAACUCCUUGCUAGGGUUUCUCCGUCUAGGAGUGAUUCGUCCGAGGAGAUGCUUCACGGGUUAAUACUCUCUGCAAUUCACAACCACCCAAACAUGGCCUUUGCGAAGGCAUUCGUGGCGAAACUGUUGAGGGAUUUUUCAUCCAAGGAGUCUGCCAGGAAGGUUCUGGAUAAAGCUUUUGAGAAGAGCUUGAAGGUUGUGAAGCAGUCGCUGGAGGAGUAUUCUAGUCCUGAUUUCAGAGGGGAUCACAAUGAGACAGAAGCUAUUCAGAGGCUCAAUUUGCAUACCGCCAUGACCAACGGGAAGCACCUGCUAUGGUUGGUGGAGAGGAUGAUUGAGCUGAAAGUGGCGGAUACAGCCGUCAAGAUAUGGAGCGAGCAGGCCUCGUUCACGGCAGAUUUGCAGAGGGCUUUCCGUGAUGAUGCAUGGAGAAAUUUCGUGCCAAGCCUCCCUGCUGUAGUUCUUCGGUGCACAUGCAGGCUCGCCAAUGCUGUGGCCACGGGAAAUAUAUUGGCUAAUAGACAGGUUAGAAUGAAGCUCGUGAGAGAAUGGCUUCCGGUGUUGAUCAUAUGCAAAGAUAGCCCUUCACCUAUGGGGCCGAACCAUAAAUCAGUCUUCUUGGAGCUCGAGCAGACAUUCUUGAACAUUAUAUCCACACUCCCUUUGCCGGACGCUCAAGAUUUGCUCCAACAGUGCCUUAGCUUCUCAACUCGCAAUGUGGAUGACUGCCCUCACUUGGUUGCUGCUUUUACGACUUGGUUCCGUCGUGCAAACCGGCCCUUUCAGUCAGAGCCCUCUCAAUGA